AAAUUAGUCUAUGGGUUUAAAUUUAGACGCAGGGUGUGCGUGAUUUUAAAAAUUAAAAUUAAUAUUUUCGAUUACUGCAUGCACAUCGCAUUAAUAGAGUUUAAUGGGAAAUUCGCACCAUAAAAAUAGUGAACACCGGAACCAUAAGCAUUCAGUGCACGCGCGCGACGGUCAAGCGGUUACGAGUCAGUUCAGCUUAUCCCAUUUCGUCGGCAACCUCAGCGGGCGCUCCUUUGUAAGCGUAACAAGCAGCCAGUCAGUUUACAGCGCAUCACGGCCUUGGUCUCGGAUCUCUAGGCGAAGAUGGAAUGAUUCAACAUUAAGGAACCCAUUGGAAGCAAGUAAAACUGCUUGGCCAGUUGCACACAAGGAGUCAAUAUUCUUGCCUGAAUUCCCUAUUACCACUGACCUUCUUCAAAAAGAUUUUGAGAUUAUAGAAACCGUUGCAAAAGGGGCCUUUGGAGAAGUUGUAAAAGUAAAGAAACUAAGUGAAAACAAGGAGUAUGCAUUAAAAGUUCUGCAUAAAGCGCAGGUAGUUAGCGAGAAUGCGGUGAGGCAGGUGAAAGAGGAGGCUCGCAUCCAGGCGGCGGUGGGGCACCACAUCUUCAUAGCGGGCGCAGUGUCGCGGUGGCAGACGAAGAAAAGACUGUAUAUUGUUUCAGAAUACAUUCCUGGCGGGGAGUUGUUAGCUUUACUAGAUAAGUACUCGAAGUUACCAGAGGAGCUUGUGAAGAUAUUUCUAGCGGAGAUAGCUAUAGCUAUAGAUUUCUUGCACAACGCAGGCGUGAUAUAUCGUGAUCUCAAACCGGAAAAUAUACUCUUGGAUUCAGACUAUCACAUACAACUGGUGGACUUCGGUCUCUCCAAGUGGCUGUCCAUAGGAUCGCGCACCACCACGCUCUGCGGCACGCUUAAAUACAUGGGUGAGUGGAGCUCCCUCGUUCAUUCCGACAGGUGUAGCAUGAACGCGCGCAGCAUCGACUUCGGCAUGAGCAUGGAGGGCGAGCAGGUGGGCGAGGUGCUGGCGAGCAUCUUCCACACGGUGCUGUUCCACCGCUCCAGCGGCAAGUUCACGUACAACAACGAGGAGAGCUACUCCAUCCGCACCGUGAGCUACGUGGACGUGGACUGCGACUUCAUCGACUUCACGUACGUGUGCUGCGAGUCGCGCCUGCUGGUGGAGAACGUGGAGCGCGAGAUCGCGCGCUUCUCCAGCGGCCUGCGCGGCGCCGCCGGCCGCUCGUCGCCGCCGCGCGGCUCCAUCAGCCUCGAGUUCUUCCAGAAGCGGCGCGCGCGCUGGCCCUUCCAGCAGGAGUGCGUGCCGUGGGAGGUGUGGACGGUGUGCUGCGAGCUGGUGGGCAGCCGCAACGAGCAGGACAAGCGCAACAAGCACGAGAACCUCAUCGAGACGCUGCAGGAGAAGAUCGUGUACAUCACCGAGACCAUCAACCGCCACGAGUACGUGCCCAAGAUGCCGAGCCGCUCCGACGCCGACCUCAUCUUCGACACGGCCUACCCCGACAUCCAGCCCUACCUGUUCAAGAUCCACUACAACCUGUCCGACGCCUCGUCCUCCUCCGUCAGCAACACCGUCAAGAAGAUACUCAGCGUCUACUCCUCGUGAUGUCUGUCCACUUUCUGUGCUCUGUAAGGUGGGUCGGGACGUUCGCGGAUCUACUGCAACGCUGAGCUGCUGGUUUAAAAUGGUGUGAUAUCGAGAGUGGUAGAGCUUAGAAGGAGAUUCGUAAAUUAUUAUUUUAGUGAGACAGCUUUCCACCCGUAAACCUGAAACGUAAGUUUAAGUGUGUUAUGAUUAUUUUAAUUAGAAAUUUAAUUUAUUCGAAAGUGCAAUUAUGGCGAAUGUUGUAAAUAUUCAAAAUUAUAUUAUUAUCUCGUGUUUUAUAUUUUUAUCUGUAACAUAGUUAAAGAUAUUCGCAAUGACACCAAUGCAAUAUUGUACUUAUGCUUAUAUUAUGCACAAAGUGAUAAAAUAAUAAAGUUGUUGUAAUAUUCUUUAUUUUACGCGAAUCUAUGUAAUUUUAUUUCCGUGUAAUAUGAUUUUAACAUUUCUGUUUUACUAACCACUUUUUACCAGUAAUUUAAUGUUAAUUACAUAUAUUUUAGUACUAAAUAAUUUAAUCGGAGCUCUGGCUCGGAAGGCUGGUUGAAGUGUCCAUUCGAUUUUAUUUAAGGUUUGACAAUGUUUUACAUAAUCUAAGAUUUGUUUCGUAUUACCGCAUACUGAGUGAAACUUUAUUAUUGCACGUAUGAAUUAAGAUUUAGAGUUAUUAAAUAAACUUAAGACUAACACUAAGAUGUAGUCAUACAAUUCACAACACGCAAAUUUGGACGGGCACGCACUUUAACGCGUUGCUCACAAACAGUUCGCCUUAUAUCGCUCCCGUAGAUUCAAUAUGAACUUUGCCAAACAAUGUAAGAGCGAAACAUAAAAAAAUGGCAGACUUGAUUAAAUUAUGCAUCAUAAAUUGCCGUCGUCUUAAAGGUCGGACCGUAAUAUAGCGGUGCUGCGCAGCGCUGCACGGCGCGGCACAAAGCAUCAAAAUAUUUCAAUAAUUUCGUAUGGUACAGUCUGACAAGGCUUUUUUGGCGCGUGGCUAAAAUCGGAACUAAAGCCGCCAUCUUGAGGAGUGCACUUGUUGAUAGUUCGCUGUGUCGGUAUAAGGCUACAACAGCGCCACUCACUCUAGUGCCAAAAGAGCCUUGUCGGACUGUACAUGUCGUUCUAGAGCGGCGCUGCACUGCGCGUCGCGGCAUACAGAAUAUUUUGUUCCGUAAGCCGCGCAGUGCUUGACAAUCAAUCAAUCAAUUUAUUGCAAAUUUGGGUUAUAUACAUUGCUCCUAAUCUAAGCUUAUAUAUAAUAAGUACAGCCAAGUUUAGCCUUACAACAUGCAAGAUGGAUAACGAUGACCACAGUGAAAUGCAACAGACGUUUCGUGCUGUUCCGUCUUGAUUUGCGCUAAAUUGUGCGCGCAGUAGAAGAAGGGUCAAUUUAUUGAUAUAUACGGCUUUAUGCUAAACGUUGUGUCGUGAAUAGUUAUAGUACGCGACAGGUCGAGAUGGCAAUCGGGGUGGGGACGUCCCGCACACCCGCACAGCCUCCGCGCUAACCCGGUGCGGGAUAUCGCGGGUGACGUGCGGGUGUGCGGGGCGUCCCCCCGAUAUCCAUGACAACCUGUUGCGUACUAUAGUAGAUUUUCGCUUUCUUUCAUCAGUAAUUUGACAUUCGAAAAAAUAAGUCAGAGUAUUAGUUGGGGGACUACGUCCUUUGUCUCAGUUAUAAAAAUGGACUAUUUUGCUCCAGGAUUUUUUUCUGUGAUUAAUUUUCCUUCUAUUCCGCGCAUAGUGUAAUUUAAGUCAAAUAAUGUACAAUUUUAAGAACAUGUCACUUAUUAAAAUUUCGACACGUACUUUUUUUGUGUUAAACGUGUUACAGUGACAAUACGUUAUUGUUAUUAUAAAUAAUGACUAAUUAUAAUGAAUUAAUUUAGGGCUGCUUUUCAAUCGCUAGAUAACCUAACUGUCGAAUUAAUUCCUCGGCUAAAGAUUAUUUGGCAAAUGAAAAAUUGGCUUUUAGGAUUGUGCGAACAUCGAUAAAUAAAUGUAAUAUUUAACAAUCGAGUAAAUAAGCGUGAUAUAAAAUGUGUAAUAAUAUGGUACAUAAUUAUAGUCUUUUGACUAUUUUGGUUUUUUAUAUACCUAAUUAUGAAAAAAAAAAAUCGCUUUGUGAUAUUGCAUACAACCAUGAAAAUUGAUUGUUAUAAAGAUACGUGGUAUUUAAACAUAAAUCUAGGAUUUUAACUUGUAUGAUGCAAUUGGUAUAAAACAGUUGUACAAUAUGUGUUUGUAUAUUUUUAGAUGUACAGUAGUGAUAAUUAAUUAAUUAAUGUAAAUUUUCUCAUUUCAUAUUUUACUGAACUUUUAACAUUGAGAGCUUUAUUGAACUAAUACUAGUGUAACAUGAUAUACAUACUUCUACAAUACUCAAGUAACUAUGUAAAAUUUAGUACUGUAUCAAAUAUAUUUAAUGUAUUUAUGUAUGUUGCUUGGGUAUUCUAGGAAUCCGGAAUGUUUACUUGUAGAAAUGGUGCAUGAAAUUAUUAAUGUCAUAGUGUAUUUGUAUGAAAGUCU